AUGUCUGUGAUUGGAUCCUUGAUCUUCUGCACUGAUUGUGGCAAUCUGUUGCGCGAGUCGACUGGAGAUGCGAAUGCAGUUCUACACUGCAAUGUCUGCGGAGCUCGGAACAAGGAUACAAUCCCUCAGACUAUCGUCUCUGAAUCAAAGCCUGCUGCGUUUCCUUCAGCUCUCCGAGCCAAGCGCUCUGCUGUCCAAACGUUGUCCGCUGAGGAUCGCAAAACCGAGGCCAUUACAGCACAUACCUGCAACCAGUGUGGAAGGAAAGAAAUGUUCUUUACUACCGUCCAGCUUCGCAGUGCAGACGAAGGAAGCACUGUAUUUUAUCGCUGUGUCUGCGGUUAUAAGGAAACUUCGAACAACUAG